AAGCAUAACGAUUACGUGCUCAAAAAGUGCCGGACGUGUAUUAAACAAAUUUUAAAGUUAUUAAAGGAAAUCAUAGAACGUUAUCAGUUAUCACUCAUGUGUAUUGAGUGAUAUAGAGUGUAAAUACGAGAUAAAAGCAAACAAACGGUACGGUUUAGAGUGCGAUUUGGGACGGUGUUGCGCUUAGCUGACUGAUUUAGUCAAGUUAUGUAUAUUCGAUCACGUUUUAUUAUUACUCGUUUUAUUGUAGUGAUGAUUAAUUAAAUAGAAAAUUAAUUAUUUUAAUAUAAAGAUAAGAAAACAUAUGUUAUGUUGAAACUGAAGUGACAGCUGUUGUUUGAAAGAAACAUGCCGAUUGUAUUGUUAAGUUAAUGAUUAUUAAUAGUGUGUUAAUAAAUAAAUGUCUGGACGGAGAUAAAUUAUAAGUGAAGUUUUUAUAGACAUUGGAUGAGUUUAUGAAUCGAGAUUUCAAAAUUUGGACGAUAUUUUUAUGAAGCGACAAAAGUGUUUUAAAAUUUAUUAAAAGGUGACGAUAUACAUUAAUUAUAAAUUAAUUCAAAAGUGAUUUCCUGUUAAAGUGACAGAGUUAAGUUUUUUUAUUGGAAAGUGAUAAGUAGUUGAUCAAAAUGGAGGUAUCAACGGCAAAAGUGGUUUCCAUAGUAGUUUUAGGUCUCGGAAGCUUCAUAUCAGGAAUGGCACCCGCUUGUAUAUCCCAGAGUGCAAGACAAAGGCAUCCAUUACUUAUAUCUUGUUUACUAUGCUUCGGUGGUGGAGUUUUACUGUCAACUUCUCUAACUCACAUGCUUCCAGAAGCAAGAGAGAAGCUUCCAGAGUACACCGAACUUCUGCUGUGUGUUGGGUUCUUCUUAGUUUACGUUGUGGACGAAAUCGUCCACUUCUUCUAUGGGACCAAUGAGCAUCCAUUCCACCACCAUGAUAGGGUACAGAGGAACUAUGGGACGGUUGGACAGAGUUUGCUGGAUCAGAGAAAUGAUGGGGAGAUGAGGGAGAGAUGUGACAGUAACUCGAGGAUGUGCCACGUGAGUCACACUGAGCCGUGUAACAGAAGUUCUUCUGGUGUUGUUGGACUGCUGUGUGCUCUGGUGGUGCACAGCCUUCUGGAGGGACUGGCGAUAGGAUUGCAGGAGUCUGCUUCACAGGUGCUGCUACUGCUGGGCGCGGUGGCGAGCCACAAGCUCGUGGUGGGCUUCUGCCUGGGCGCCGAGCUGUGCGCCGGCGCGGGCAGCGUGUGCGCGCUGCUGCUCUGCGUCACGCUGUUCAGCGGCGGCUCGGUGGCCGGCAUCGUGCUGGGCGCGCUGCUCGAAAACGUCAGCGUUGUUAAAGACUCCGUUGCGAUACCUAUCAUGCAGGCGCUUGCAGCGGGCACGUUGCUGUACGUCACAGUGAGCGAAGUGUUACCGCGUGAGCGAGCGCGCUGGCACGAGCGGAAGCGGGGAGCGGGGAUGGCGCAGUUUGUCGCCGUUACUGUAGGCUUCGCUGUUAUGUACAUCUUGACUAUGUUUCUUGAUCACGAUGCUGCGUAACAAUAUCAGUGAUAUCUUUCGUUUAUAAUUAAAUAUUUUAUACCUACUUGAACUUUUAUAGACUUUAGGUAAUAUCCUAAAAAAAAAGCUACAUUUUGUACCUAAGUAUAUAAUAAUCUGUCAUGACCACCUAUUUUAUGUAAUAGGAUAUUUUUAUAAAAUUAAUUUGAUAAUAAAACGACUAUUGAUUUCAAA